AAAAUUUUUGGUUUUUAGGUAUUUCUGACAAGAAAUAAGAUACAUGUUUGAUAUUUCUUUCAAGUUGCUUAUAUAUUGUUAUACCUAUACAUUUUCAUCAACUUACAAGACAAGUUGAAACUCACCGUACGAUUUAAAAAUAAGUAUUAUCAAAUACCAAUAUUAUAUUAUCAUUAUUAUAUUAUUAUUAUUAUUAUUAUUAAUACAUGGAUAGAUAAAAAGUAUUGUUAUUUUUUCUCGAUCAGGAUAGGGGUGUAAUGUGUAAUGUCUAUCUCUUUCUCUUUGUCAAUGGUUUAUCACUUUUUAAACUUCGAUGAGUACCUACUUUACAUUUGUAUGACUAUUAGGUUAAAACACGAGUAUUUGUUCGUUCAGUCUCCACUUUAUUUUGUAGAUCUAUCCCCACAUGAAAUUAUUUUGAAGAAAAUUUAGGUACGACUCCCAAUAUGUGGGUGAGUGGGUGACUUUUUCAAAGCGCUUUCAUCCCACUCACGGUAAAAUGUCGAUAAAAGAUAAAAUUCCAAAAUAUAAUAGCUAAUAUAGUAAUAUUCUAUACUACACGAACAGUCAUAUUGUGGCAGCAACAGUUAUCAUUGUUGUCCGUGUCACGAGGUCAUGGUGCCUGUACAUAAAAUCGCGUACGGCGUAUCGAUGCUCGUCAAACACGUGUUCGAGACGCGUCAGUUGUUGGAAAGGAGCCUGCAGAAAACCGACCAUACCGUACAAAAGUCCGAAAUCCAAUUGAGACUGAGGGCCGCCGCUGCCGAGGCGAAGCAUCUGGCCGGUAAGCUGACAUUUUUGGUGAUUGACGUGAACCACACCACGGGCACACCGGAUCAGAUAGAAAUGCUCAUCAACGUCUAUGACGCGUGCUUCAGACGUUUCAAGAAGAUCAUGAAAAUCGUGCGCCGGAUCGAAAUGCCAGAGCAGAGGGAAAAAUUAUGAUAAUGAUCGUUGCGGCCUUUCGACGACGGAUCAAAAUUGAGAUAUUAAAUGAAUAUAAUAUAAUAUUACAUGAUGAUAAAGAGCAAAUAUUAAUCUAAAAGGUUUCGAUAAUUUUACAGUGUUCGGAACGUUCACUAAAAAAAAUGAACUCGUUCACGUUUACGUUCGUGUUUUUUU